AAGAGAGACGCGACGAGCCGGACCGAAGAAGAAGAAGUUGAUAAUGGAUAUUUUGACAUUUGCUGCCCCUCCACCUGCUGCCCCUCCACCUGCUGCACCUCCACCUGCUGCCCCUCCACCUGCUGCACCCCCACCUGCUGCACCCCCACCUGCUGCCCCUCCACCUGCUGCACCCCCACCUGCUGCACCCCCACCUGCUGCCCCUCCACCUGCUGCCCCUCCACCUGCUGCACCUCCACCUGCUGCACCUCCACCUGCUGCCCCUCCACCUGCUGCACCUCCACCUGCUGCCCCUCCACCUGCUGCACCUCCACCUGCUGCACCUCCACCUGCUGCCCCUCCACCUGCUGCACCUCCACCUGCUGCCCCUCCACCUGCUGCACCUCCACCUGCUGCACCUCCACCUGCUGCACCUCCACCUGCUGCCCCUCCACCUGCUGCACCUCCACCUGCUGCCCCUCCACCUGCUGCACCUCCACCUGCUGCACCUCCACCUGCUGCACCCCCCCCUGCUGCCCCUCCACCUGCUGCACCUCCACCUGCUGCACCUCCACCUGCUGCCCCUCCACCUGCUGCACCCCCACCUGCUGCACCUCCACCUGCUGCCCCUCCACCUGCUGCCCCUCCACCUGCUGCACCUCCACCUGCUGCCCCUCCACCUGCUGCACCUCCACCUGCUGCACCUCCCACAGCAGAGACGACGGCAGUCGGCGGCGCUCCGACACAUGACGCCUUUUUACAAUUUUUACAUGAGCAGGAUUUAUUUGGCGCAUGCUUCUUCUUUAUUCCACAGUUUAUGAGAUUAUAAUAUCACCACUACGGGUCAGUUCAUCCACACAUUUAAAUCAUAAACACAUUUACCCAUCGUGGUGUCUUGAUUAUCAUUAUGUUUGAUCUCUGCCACUGAGUGAAACCAGCAUUACGACUUUUGUACAAUCAGAGUUUUCCAGGUCUUGAAUAAAUUAGAAGUGAAUUCAGACA